AUGAACCCAGAGGAAGAUAUAUGCAACAAAAAAAGUGGCGUUAAAGACCAAGCUCUGAAACAUUUUCUUUAUCAGAAUAUUUUAAAGAAAAACUUUAUUCUUUUUAAUAUAUUUAAAGGAGGAAAAGAUUCGAACAAUGAUGAUGAUAUAAGUAAUAAUAAAAAUGAGAUAGAGGAUAUGAGUAAUAUAUCUAAAGAUAUAAAUAAUAAUAAUAUUAAUAAUGAUAAUAACGUGAUUAAUAGGGAUAGAAAUAUAAAUGAUACUUCAAAUGAUAUUAAUUAUACUAAUAAUAUGAUUAAUGCAAAUAAUUUAUGUGACAUAAGUAUAUAUAAUAAUAACUGUAAUAUAUAUGAAAAUAAUAAAAAUUAUUUGUUUGAUAAUGAUUAUUCCAAAUUAAUUGAAGAAAAUGACGAGGAAGUAUGCUCAUUUUAUAAUGUGCAUAAUAAUAAUAAUAUUGAUGAUGAUAUUAUUUUAAAUAAUGAUGAUGAGGAAUACAUUUUAUUUUUAAAAUAUAUUUAUAAUGAUUUAUUAUGUUUUAUAGAAAGUAAUAAAGAUUAUCAUUUAAAUAAUUCCAAUUAUUCUGAUAUGGAAGAUUUAAUUAUUGAUAUUUGCGGAACUAUAUGUCAUAAAGCGUUUAAUAAUAUAAAGACAAUAUUUAACACCUAUGAUGAUAUAAAAAAAAAAAAAAAAAAAAAAAACACACAAAAUUUAAAUUCUUUAGAUAAUUGUAUGUUAAAUGAAGAAAAUAUUUAUGAUGAAAAAUAUAUAAAUAAUAAAAAUGAAAAGAUACAAAAUGAUAUGUAUAAUCAAAAUAUAUGUGAUAACAAAUCUAAUGUAAAUUAUUCUUCAUAUUUUUUUAUUCCUCCCUUGGAAUUUAUUGUAUCUCAUCUAAAUAAAUUACAUAAAAAAAAUACUUAUUCUUAUAAUGAUAUUGAUGAAUUCGUUAAGAAUAACGGCUAUGAUAAAUAUAAUUUAUUGUCUCAAAAAGAAAAAGGAAAUAAAAGUAAUACUUCAGAAGAGAUAGAAUUCUACCUUUCAUGUCUUAAACUUCAACAAAAAAAGGGAACAAAUGAAAGAAAAAAUAAAAAUAAAAUGGAAAAUGAGAGUAAUAUAUGUGUGCAAAAUAAAUCACAUGAACAAAAUGAUAUAAGUGAAAAAAAAAGAGACCAGAAUAUAUAUACAGCCAUGCAACACACAAAUUCUUUAUCAACUUAUAAAGAAGAUAAAUGUUUUAAAACCAAAUAUUAUACACUUGAAGAAAGAACUAACAUAUAUAGUGAUAAAGAUGAUAUAAGUUAUAACUCCUUUAAUAAUGAUCAGAAAUGUUUUGAAAAGAAUUAUAAGAAUAUAUGUAAUGAAAAAAAUGAAGAAGAACAAACAAAAAAAACUUUAUAUCAAGUGGAUGAAAAUAAACAUAUUAAUUAUUUGUUAUAUAAUAAUAACAAACACAAAAAUAAAUCUCAAAGUGAUAAUUAUAAAGAUAUUUAUGAUCAUUAUGAAAAUGUAUGUCAUUUUAAAUCUUCUGUUUUAACUUCACAAUCAUCUGAGGAAGAUUCUUUAAAAAAUAAACAAAAAACAAAAAGAGAAAUACACAGCGAUAUAUUCUUUUCUUCCUAUCCAAAUGAAAACAAAGAUAAUAUUAAUAUUAAUAUAAAUAUAAACAACACAUAUAAUAAUACAUAUAAUAAUAUAUAUAACAAUACAUAUAAAAAUCAAUAUAAUAAUACAUAUAAUAAUAAUGAUGAUGAAGUUCUAAUUGAAAGUAGACUUCAAGAUGAUAACCCAGAUGUUAUUUCAAAUCCUAUCCAAGAUGUAAUUCAAUAUGAAGAUCUAAAUCAUAACUAUCGUCGCUUCAACAAAACUAUAGAUCAAAAUAAUUGUGUAUAUUAUAACUUAGAUUACGUUUAUUAUAAUAAAUCAUUUACAACACAUAAAAAUAUUAAUAUUCCAAAAAAAAAAAAAAAAAAUUACAACGAAUUUUAUUAUCUUCAUGAUGAAGAUUGCUUUAAAAAUCAUACAAAUGAUGAUACCUCCUUUUAUAAUAACAACAAGAAAAAUAUAUAUAAGGAGAAAUAUAAUUUGUUAGCAAAUGAAGAAAAUCAAAAAGGUAUUCAAUCAAUAAAGGAUGAAUUUUCAGAUAUUUAUUUUUCAUGCAAUUUGACAAAUGAUAUAAAAAGAGUUAUAACAAAUGAUGAACUCAUACAUACACAAGGAGAUAAUAAAUAUAAUAAAAAUAUAAAUAUAAAUAUAAAUAAUAUGGCUAAUAAAUAUGAUGACAAUAAGAAUACGAAUGAGUGUGAUAUGUAUGAUAAACAUGAUCAUAUGGAAAGCUUAAAAAAUCAAAGAGAUACAAUUGAUGUAGAUACAAAUGAUGAUGACACAAAUGAUCCAGGCAUAAGUGAUGAGGAAGCUUAUUAUAUGAACAAUAGAGGCAUAAAUAUUAGGUAUGAAUAUAUAAAGGAAACCAAAAAUGACAAUAUGGGUGAUCAUAAAGAUGAUAGUGUGAGUUAUAAUAAUGACGAUAAUGUGAGUGAUCAUAAAGAUGAUAAUGUGAGUGAUCAUAAAGAUGAUAAUGUGAGCAAUCAUAAAGAUGAUAAUGUGAGUGAUCAUAAAGAUGAUAAUGUGAGCAAUCAUAAUGAUGACAACAUGAGCUCUCACAAUGAUGACAAUAUGAGCUAUCAUAAUGAUGACAAUAUGAGUGAUAAUAAUUAUAAUGAUGAUGACAAAGAAGAGGAACACAAACACUCAUCUAAAAUUAACUUUAUGAAUAAUAUAAAUUCGAAAGAUGGUAAUGAUUAUAAAGAAAUUAUAAAUAAUGACAUAUGUAAACUUAAUAAUGUCAAGGAAGAAGACGAAUGCAAUAUCAUAAAAGAAAGUUAUGACAUCCAAAGUGAUGCUGAUAAUAAUAAUAAUAAUAAUAAUAUUAACGAUGAGCAUAAAAUAUAUAAUCGUCAUAUUUAUAAAGAUAUAAAUGAUAACGAGGAAGGUUCAAAAAAUAUACUUAAAAUAAAUGAAGAAGAAUAUCAAAAAAAAUUACAAAAAAUACUAAUAAAAAAAAAAACAAUAUAUGAAAAUCAAGAUCAAAGAAAUUUUAUAAGAAAUGAAAAUCUACAUGAUGAUUAUUAUUAUUUUAAAUAUUUAAAUAAUAAGGAAAAUACAACUGAUCCAUAUCAUUACACAAAAGGUGACAAAAAAACAAAUAUUCAAGUAACGCCAUCUCCCUUUCCUCAAUUUCUUAGAGAUAUACAAAUAUAUAAUAUUCCACAGAAAAAAAUAAGAUUAAAAAGAACGAGCAUACCUUUGAAGCACGAAGGCGAUAAAAAUAAGGAACAAAAAUAUAUUUAUAAUAAAACCAAAAAAAAGGACAGGAAGAAAGAAAGAAGUAUUUCUGUAGUAAGAGAAAAAAACAACGAAUAA